ACGACGUGAGCUGUCAGCUGUAAUAUUUUCUCUUUCUUUGUGUUUAUUACCGUUUUAAAAAUGUUAUGAUUGCUGAAAACCCGCGAAUAUGGGUGCGAAAGACUCAAAACCUUGUUUUAUAUCUUACGAGGAUGCAGUGAAACGAGUGUCUGAUAGCGAGUUGAGGCGUAUUCGCGAAGCGUUCAAGAGAUGUGCCGGCGCGAACGGGACGUCCUUGAGCUUGGAGGCGUUUGUUCGCGAAGUUUUGAGCGACGGAGUGCCUUAUGAGGUCGCGGACUGGCUGUAUCAGGCCUGCGGCGGCACCAAGAGAGGAAUUGCCUUUAAGGAGCUGCUGUGUGGGAUCGUGGUCCUUACUAAGGGGAACAUAGAGGAGAAAAUCAAAUUUUUGUGGACAUUAUAUGUCAACAAUCAGGGAGACAAUGGCACCUACAUAUACAAAUGGGACUUUGCCAGUGCCUUGCACAUGGAAAACAUAUCAUUACCCUUUACCGGAGCUCACCGUAGUGCUGAAAUACUUACCAGCCUGUUCGGACCGAACGACAAAGUGACAUUUGAGCAGUUCCGUUCAUGGCUAUUGAUUCACAAGGACGCAACGGUGCUGUCAAAAUGGUUGCUGUCGGGGAAGGCCAAUGCGGUACAGGAGUUGGACACACCAACGUUUUAUCAAAGCUUGGCUGGUGUCACACAUUUGGAGGAGAGGGACAUAAUCGAGCUAGAGAAAUGCUUCUGGUCGCUCCGCAACUCCGCGCCCACGGGCCAGCUGGACAUCGAGAGCCUCGCCCCCCUUCUCUCCCACCCCCUGCCCAAGGCGGCCGUGGCUGGGGUGUUCCUGGCCUUCGACGAGAACAGGGACGGCCACGUGGACUUCAAGGAGCUCUGCUGCGGGCUCAGCGCCGCCUGCAGGGGCCCCAGGACCGAGAGGCUCAAAUUCUGCUUCAAGAUCUUCGACCUAGACAGAGACGGCGUGCUGAACAAGAAAGAGCUAGUCGACAUGGCGGACAUACUGUGCACGGUUGCCAACGAGCACUUGAGGAACCAGAGCUCGAGGGCCUCGACGCCGUCUGAUGAUGAUGGGGACAAGGGGUUUGACCCUGAGGUAGCUUUAUAUCUAUCCCUUUCAGUCUGCUUCAAGAUCUUCGACCUAGACAGAGACGGCGUGCUGAACAAGAAAGAGCUAGUCGACAUGGCGGACAUACUGUGCACGGUUGCCAACGAGCACUUGAGGAACCAGAGCUCGAGGGCCUCGACGCCGUCUGAUGAUGAUGGGGACAAGGGGUUUGACCCCGAGGUGGUGUUACUGAAUUUGAGAGACAAGCUGGUGACCAGCGUGCCUAAGAAUGGGAAGAAGCCCGUGUUUCAGCUCGGACCGGGGGACGGAGUUGAUGCUUCCAAGCAGAUACAGGACAAAACCGAAAAUAAAAUAGACACCAUGGAUCUAAUCGCAGUAGACACCGCAUUAACGCAAGAAGAUUUCCUGAUCUGGGCCGUGGAGAGUGCGGAUAAUCUAGUGGCACCGUUCCUUCAACUACUGUUUGAAGUCUGCCAUAUCGUCCUUGGAUUGCGGCCGCAGUGCAAACAUCAGGAGCGGGAUAUAGUACUGGGCUGGCUCCGGCGCUCCGUCCAGCGGGGCUACUCCGUGGGGCAGUUCUGGUACCUCGUCGCCGCCGAGUGGUGGGGCGCCUGGGCCGCCCAUACGGCGGGCGACGGGCCCUGCUGCCGCGCCAGGCCCGACGACGUCAUAUGCGACGAGUCCUUCACCACCACUAGUACAGAAUCAAUGGGAUCGCUAUUAUGGCGCGCCGACACAGCAUCCCUGGGCUCGGCCAGCAGCGGCGUCGGCAGCGCUGGCGCCCGACCCAGGGCACCCGGCCCUAUUGACAACAGGAGGUUGCUGGCUCCUAACCCACUCAAGGUCCGAACGCUGACUGGCGAGGGCGGGCACCUCCGCAAGGACGUUACUCUGGCUCAACACAGAGACUUCGAGCUGGUCCCCGACGCACUAUGGCGUGCGUUGGCGCUGUGGUACGGCGGGGCAGAACCUUUACCUAGGCAGGUAAUUCGACCACCCAACUCAGACGUGGAGCUAGAACUGUAUCCUCUCAACCUGAAGAUAUUACGGCACGUUGCAGUACCGCAAAGAAUGAACUCUGUAUCUGCGGUUGGUGGAGUGUCCAUGUAUUCGAGUGUGCCCAUGGCGCCGCCCGCGCCGCCGGCGCCGCCGGAGCGGCAGCUGGCCUACACGGCUGCCUUCUCCAGGCUGGCCACUGUCAAACAGGUGUCAGAAUUCCUCUGCCAAGCCCUAGGGCUUCAGCGCGAGGACGUCCGCCUCUGGUCGCUCGGCACCAACGCCGUACUCCUGGACGAUGAAAACUGGACGCUAGCUGAACUCCGCUGUGAUGAGAGAACAAGAUUGUUACUGGAAGUUAGAAACGCGGAUCUUACGUGGCCUGAGGAAAUUGGGGCGCUCAGUAUGAGCGGCGGAAACCGUGCAAUGGAGCGACGAGAGACCCUCAUACCGCCCAAUCUGCCCGGAGCUACGGGCCUCCAUAAUCUAGGAAACACUUGUUAUAUGAAUGCAGCUUUACAGUCAGUAUGGAACACGGGCCCACUGACUCGGUACUUCAACUCUGGCAUUCAUUUGUAUGAAGUGAACACAGCAAAUCCGCUGGGAACGAAAGGUGCUUUGGCGGUGCGGUAUGGAGAAUUGUGUAAAGAGGUAUGGUCGUGCAGCGCGCGCUCUGUAGCCCCCCUGCGCGUGCGCUGGUGCGUGUCGCGGCAUGCGCGCGCGCUCGCCGGCGGCGGGCAGCACGACGCGCAGGAGUUGCUAGCGUGGCUGCUAGACACGCUGCAUGAAGACCUGAACAGGGCGGCGGCUAAACCACUGCCGAUUAGAGACAGCGACGGCAGACCAGACCAGGAAGUAGCAGCAGAAGCGUGGGCAGCGUACGCGGCGCGUAACGCCUCCAUCGUCACCGACCUCUUCUACGGACAACUCAAGUCAAGAGUGCGCUGCGACGUCUGCUCCGCGGAGUCCACUCGCUUCGACGCGUUCAACAUGCUGAGCCUGCCCUUACCUGUCGAGCAGUCAUUAAGGGCACAAGUCAUAGUAAUGCUGCUGGACGGCUCGGUGCCCAUCAAGUACGGCGUUCUAGUCAAUUCGGAGGGCACCUACUUGGACCUCAAGAAGAAACUCUCAGAACUCUGUGGACUUGCUCCAGAAUCCAUGAUGAUAGUGGAGUUAAACGGCGCGACAAUAGGACGAAUAUUAGAUGACAACGCUAAAAUCUUCGCGGCCACGGCGCUCGAGUUGUACGCGUAUGAGACCCCACGCGAGACCGGCGAGGAGGAGUGUUGCUGCGACCACCAGCAAGGUAACAGACUGGCCAGCGGUGGAUCUUAUUCCAUUGUAAUAAGGUUACGAAUAGCAAGUCUUCGCGGCCACGGCGCUCGAGUUGUACGCCAAAUCUUCGCAGCCACGGCGCUCGAGUUGUACGCGUAUGAGACCCCACGCGAGACCGGCGAGGAGGAGUGUUGCUGCGACCACCAGCAAGAGUACACGGACGCGGAGGCUGCGGCCACGGCGCGGGCGGAGGUGAGUGCGCGCGCGCCUAACACUUCCUCACUCUGCAUGCCCGCACUCUUCUGCUUCAAGCGCUCCAAGUCCGAAAUCCUCAUGUCUCAGAGCCCACCGAACACCUUCUACAAGUACUCUGACAACGAAGACUACCGAACACUACCGAAGAGAGACAAGAACGGGAACAGCUCACCGACUCUCUCCGUCAAGAGCUUGAACUUGAAGGCCAGUCCGAGACUGGGCAAGGUCAAGUUCGGCUCAUCCCCCUCUAAUAUGAACAAGAUGAACGAGACGCAAGAGAGCCCGGCGCCGAGGAGGAUACAAUAUUUGGUGGCGGUACAUCGGAAACAAACCCGCAUGGACGCCUACUUCCUCCCAGCUCAGCGCAGCAAACCCGCGUUAUUCGGUGUACCUUUAUUAGUGGGCGUAGCGCACGGGAUGUCCGGCCGCAGUGUGUACGCGCAGGUGUGGACGCAGGUCGCGCGGCUGCUGAGCGCGCGCCCGCUGGACGCCAGCAACCAUGCCACAGACUGCGACGACAGCCUCGGUUACGAGUUCCCGUUCACGUUGCGGCUCGUGUCCGGCAGCGGCGCGUGGUGUGCGCUCUGUCCGUGGCCCGCGCUGUGCCGCGGCUGCGCUCUACCCAGCGACGACGCGCCUUUAUGUACCUACGGUGAGUUACACUACAGUUCCCGGUCACGUUGCGGCUCGUGUCCGGCAGCGGCGCGUGGUGUGCGCUCUGUCCGUGGCCCGCGCUGUGCCGCGGCUGCGCUCUACCCAGCGACGACGCGCCUUUAUGUACCUACGGUGAGUUACACUACAGUUCCCGGUCACGUUGCGGCUCGUGUCCGGCAGCGGCGCGUGGUGUGCGCUCUGUCCGUGGCCCGCGCUGUGCCGCGGCUGCGCUCUACCCAGCGACGACGCGCCUUUAUGUACCUACGCGGCGCGUGGUGUGCGCUCUGUCCGUGGCCCGCGCUGUGCCGCGGCUGCGCUCUACCCAGCGACGACGCGCCUUUAUGUACCUACGGUGAGUUACACUACAGUUCCCGGUCACGUUGCGGCUCGUGUCCGGCAGCGGCGCGUGGUGUGCGCUCUGUCCGUGGCCCGCGCUGUGCCGCGGCUGCGCUCUACCCAGCGACGACGCGCCUUUAUGUACCUACGUUCCCGGUCACGUUGCGGCUCGUGUCCGGCAGCGGCGCGUGGUGUGCGCUCUGUCCGUGGCCCGCGCUGUGCCGCGGCUGCGCUCUACCCAGCGACGACGCGCCUUUAUGUACCUACGUUCCCGGUCACGUUGCGGCUCGUGUCCGGCAGCGGCGCGUGGUGUGCGCUCUGUCCGUGGCCCGCGCUGUGCCGCGGCUGCGCUCUACCCAGCGACGACGCGCCUUUAUGUACCUACGCGGCGCGUGGUGUGCGCUCUGUCCGUGGCCCGCGCUGUGCCGCGGCUGCGCUCUACCCAGCGACGACGCGCCUUUAUGUACCUACGGUGAGUUACACUACAGUUCCCGGUCACGUUGCGGCUCGUGUCCGGCAGCGGCGCGUGGUGUGCGCUCUGUCCGUGGCCCGCGCUGUGCCGCGGCUGCGCUCUACCCAGCGACGACGCGCCUUUAUGUACCUACGUUCCCGGUCACGUUGCGGCUCGUGUCCGGCAGCGGCGCGUGGUGUGCGCUCUGUCCGUGGCCCGCGCUGUGCCGCGGCUGCGCUCUACCCAGCGACGACGCGCCUUUAUGUACCUACGGAAACAAUGCGUGUCCACAACGGUGCGCACAACAGCCCCACAUCGACGCGGACACCCCUGACACCAGCUCCCCCAUCGCUAGAGCCAAGCUACGGCAGAACACCGCAAGAGUUGGGGAAGAUCAGGAAUCGUGUGAAGGUUCGCUUACUCGGUUGGACUUCAGCCUGCUGCGUCAGCUACGCGGCCGACGCGGCGCACAACUCGCCAUCGACUGGGACCCCACCGCACUACACCUGCGGUACCAGUCUACGAGAGAAAAGGCAUGGGUGAUCCACCCAUCAGUGUCCGAAAGCAGCGCUUUAGCGGCCCGACCUGUGGACCUAGCCUCCUGUCUCCGUGCCUUCACGUCACACGAACGCUUAGAACAGCGCUACCACUGUGCGCGAUGUAGGGCAGCCCAACCCGCCACUAAAGUGCUGCAGAUAUGGCGGCUGCCUCCUAUACUGAUUGUACACUUGAAGCGAUUCCAGUACGUGAACAACAAAUGGAUCAAGUCACAGAAGGUGGUCAACUUCCCCUUCCAGGACUUCGAUCCAUCGCCAUACCUCGCCUCAGUACCACAAGAAACUAUAGCCAGGCAUAUGGAGAUUAAUAACAUCUACAGGCGGAGAUCGUCAAUGUUCGUGGACGUGGAAGACGCCAUCUCGGAAAGCGAGAGCGAGACUGAAAGUGAAGUGGAGGAGGCGGAGCCCGCCACGCCCACAGUCAAAAGCAAAGACCCACCUAAACUCAGAGUGAAAAUCAACAAGCGAAGAGAGUCCUGCGAAGUCCGACGGCGGGAGCGAUUGGAGUCCACAAGUUUGCUAGCCACCCCCGUCACCGACGACAACCUGGUGGACUACCACCAGCACCAUCUCUCCGAGCACCAGGACCCUUUCCAGCUCAAGUACCGGCUCUAUGCCGUCGUGUCCCACUCGGGGCAGAUGAGCGGCGGGCACUACGUGGCGUACGCGCGCAACCCGAGCGGCACGUGGCUCUGCUACAACGACUCCAUGUGCCGCGAGCUCGGGCCCAGCCCGCCCAUCGACCCCGCCAGCGCCUACCUGCUGUUCUACGAGCGCCAGGGGCUGGACUACGAGAGGUAUGCACACAGGCCUACACUCAACCCGAGCGGCACGUGGCUCUGCUACAACGACUCCAUGUUCCGCGAGCUCGGGUCCAGCCCGCCCAUCGACCCCGCCAGCGCCUACCUGCUGUUCUACGAGCGCCAGGGGCUGGACUACGAGAGGUAUGCACACAGCCCUACACUCAACCCGAGCGGCACGUGGCUCUGCUACAACGACUCCAUGUGCCGCGAGCUCGGGCCCAGCCCGCCCAUCGACCCCGCCAGCGCCUACCUGCUGUUCUACGAGCGCCAGGGGCUGGACUACGAGAGGUAUGCACACAGGCCUACACUCAACCCGAGCGGCACGUGGCUCUGCUACAACGACUCCAUGUUCCGCGAGCUCGGGUCCAGCCCGCCCAUCGACCCCGCCAGCGCCUACCUGCUGUUCUACGAGCGCCAGGGGCUGGACUACGAGAGGUAUGCACACAGCCCUACACUCAACCCGAGCGGCACGUGGCUCUGCUACAACGACUCCAUGUGCCGCGAGCUCGGGCCCAGCCCGCCCAUCGACCCCGCCAGCGCCUACCUGCUGUUCUACGAGCGCCAGGGGCUGGACUACGAGAGGUAUGCACACAGGCCUACACUCAACCCGAGCGGCACGUGGCUCUGCUACAACGACUCCAUGUUCCGCGAGCUCGGGUCCAGCCCGCCCAUCGACCCCGCCAGCGCCUACCUGCUGUUCUACGAGCGCCAGGGGCUGGACUACGAGAGGUAUGCACACAGUCCU